CCUCGCCUGGACCCUAACAGCUCACUCACAACCCAACACCCGGGCAAAAAGAAAAAAAAAAAUACAGAUUUUCUCCUCCGAAAAGUAUCGCUAAUAACUCCAAGGUUGUCCGAGCGGAUUACGCCUCAGAACAAGCCCUUUCAUCCGCACGGUCCAUGGCCAUUACCACCCCUGCCCCCCUUCCCCUGGGAGGUAACCUUCAAAGGCCCCGCUCAGCACGAUGGAUGACCAGCUGAGUGAUGGAGAUGGACAGAAUCAAAGAACAUGCUCCCUUCAUUGUGACUAGAUGAAGGGACACCCUCCAACAGAGAGGGGACUUAUUCUGCAUCAACCAUUUGAUGUUUGGAGUGAUUGCAUUUAUAGUUUCCUCAGAAUUUAAUUGAUAGAACUAAAACAAAGCUUACUAGUCCAUUAAAAAUAAUUGAGAAAAAGACAUACUGAUUAAAUAUAUUGUUCAGUUUAUGAACUAAGCUACCCCUGCCGUGAUCAUUUAUCGAGCUCAUAUGCUGACGGUUUAUCCUCGGGACCAGGCCCUGCCUUGUGGCACACUGUGAUGCAUGUUAUGAGUUGUCCAUCCCCAACCAAUGAAACAGAGGGCUGUAGCAGCGAGGGUAGCAGCUGCGCCACUUCCUCCACCACCACCUCUGACCCUUCCUCUAUGUCUGGACUCACUCAUUCCACCCUACCUUCCCUCAGCGACACCCCUGACACCUCCCAGCAUGGAGCCCCCCCCUCCUCCCCCUCUGCCGCCCCCACCACCUGCGGCGCCCCCACCGCCAGGGGCACCCCCACCGCCACCCCCUCCACCAACCAUCUCUAUCAAUCACAACCUGCGGAAGAAACGGCGUGUGCGGAGUUUCUUCUGGAAGCCGAUACCCGAGGAGAAGGUUCGCGGGAAGCCCAACAUCUGGACCUUGGCGGUGCGGCAGCAGCAGUACCAGAUCGACGUACGCUCUGUGGAGGAGCUGUUUGGACAACAGGAUGAGAAUUUGAUGGCCACACGGGGGGUCACACCGACCUCUGGAACCUCAGCCCGGGUCAGAAGGUCCCGCUCCUUCAAAGAGAGCGCCAAAGACGAGAUCAGCAUCCUUGACUCCAAAAGAGGGAUGAAUGUGGGCAUUUUCCUCAAGCAGUUCAAGAAGUCGAACCUGUCCAUUGUGGAAGACAUUCGACAAGGAGACGGCAAGAUUUAUGGAGCAGAGCUGCUCAAAGACCUACUAAAGCUCUUGCCUGACAUGGAGGAGAUCAAGAAACUGCAGGCAUUUAAAGGAGAUCCCAGCAAGUUGACACUUGUUGAUUCCUUUAUGUACCUCUUGAUCCAGGUGCCACGGUUUGAGGUACGAAUCGAGGCCAUGGUCCUCCGCGAGGAGUUUUUCCCUUCCUGUGCUGUGAUGAGCCAUGAGAUCGAUGUCAUCCGUGUGGCCACUAAAGAGCUGAUGAACUGUGAGGAGCUGCAUGCCAUUCUGCAUCUGGUGCUGCAGGCUGGAAACAUCAUGAAUGCUGGUGGCUAUGCAGGCAAUGCAGUGGGAUUCAAGCUGUCAUCCCUUCUCUCACUGGCCGACACCAAGGCCAACAAGCCGGGGAUGAACUUACUGCACUUUGUUGCUCUGGAGGCAAAGAAGAAAGAUGAGAAGCUGCUCAAGUUUCCAGAGAAACUUCAAGAUGUCCAGAGUGCAGCCAGAAUUUCAGUGGAGAACAUUGAGGUGGAGUUCUCAUCCCUGUAUGUGAGGACCAGAUCGCUCGAGGAGAAGGUUCAAGGAGACCAGGAGCUACUGCAGCAGCUUGAGCCCUUUCUGCAGAAUUCAGCACGGACCCUUCAGGACCUGAAGAGACGUCGGCUGGAUCUACGUAAGGAAGGGAAUGCUCUCAUUGAUUUCUUUUGUGAAGACAAAGACACCUUCAAGCUGGAUGAGUGUUUCCGCAUCUUUCAAGACUUCUGUAUUAAGUUCAAGAAGGCUGUGAAGGACAACCUGGACCGGGAGUUGAAAGAGGCAGCCAGACAGCGACGCCUGAGAGAGCUGGAGGAAAAGAGGUUUGCGUGGUCCGGUGCCGACCAGAGUGGGGGUUUUGGUCGGAGUAGCAGUGAGAAUGAUGUGGACAUGCUCACCAAGGAAGGCCUCCUGGACUUCUUCCAGCAGAGAUCCCAGAGUCCACAUAGCCCACUGGGACGCUCUGCUAGUGCCCGCCGCCACCGACAUACCAUGACCACCAUGGCCGACCGGGAACUCCAGGGAUACCUUGAGCUAUUCGGAGGCACUGGGAAUCCCACUGACUUUUCAAAGUUUAACAGCCUACCUCGGUCUGGCCGACCCCUCCAGCGGAGGACUACCCCCUGGCUCUUAUCCCAGGAUGACAACCGUGAGCUGGAACGUGACAGACAAGUCACAGUAACGUCUCCACAUGCAGAAACAGAACCCAUUAGCCCACUGGCCAGGUUUUCCUCUUCAGGACUAAAUGCUAAUGAGGACCCAUGUAACAACAAUAAUUUCUCAUCUGUGUCUGAGGGCAGUGUUCUGCCUCGCCCCUUUUGUGUGUUUCAGAAGCCCACCCAACUACCCAACCCAACAAUUACAGGCCACAUGAAUAUUAGUGUGGAGAAGCAUACUUUGGUUCGUGGUCCUCAAGCCUUUGAACUGCCUAGUCCAAACAAUAACAGUAAUCAUAUGCACUUUGUCAACCAGGGGGAUGUUUUUGUGACUGAUUUGGAAAAGGGGGUAGAGUCUUCACCCAAGAUUCUUGAUUUGGACAAUUCUCCAGGUAACAAGAUUUUAGAAAGAGGGGCAGAUGCAAAGGCGUUGUGGGAAGGGAAAGUGGUUCAUCCCACACAGCUUGUGGCCUCUCACAAAGAGAAAGAAGACGAGGAAAACAGCACAGUUUCAUCAACAACCUGUGAUACUCCCCUCCCGCUAGAUACCUCUGUAUCCAAUAAGAAGCCAGUGUUUUAUAUACUAGACUGCACAGAAACAGACUGUUCUGUUACCUUGGAUUACUCUGAGAUUGAAACCUCACCUCUGAAGGAGGGAGUGGUCCCCGACUUCAAACCCACUGACAGCAACAAUGUUCAGGAGAGCCAGCAAGAUCCAAGCUCUCUGUCCUCUAAUUUGGAGUCCAUGUCUACCAAUGAGCAGUCUGUUUCAACUUCAGCCAAUGAGCUUUCAGCACCAAGAUCUGUGGAUAUAGCAUCCAUAACUCCCUCUGGGACCACUGAGGAGUGGGACACAGACAGCUGUGACACUGCUGAGGGAAAGCAGAUUGGCGAGAAAGAUGCAGCAUCAAGCAAUCGAAAACCAAUGCACACAAAAAAUAAAGCCACCAAAGCAUCUAAGGGCAGUGGGGGCCGUGGUGUCAGAACACUGACCGCCACUGAGAGCCAGGGCAUGCGGAAAGUUGUGCCUAUCACCAAGCUCACCAGGACAGGCAGCAACAAGCGAUCAGAUAGACCUUUGGGUCAUGACAGCGGUGAGUCACGUCGUCCCCUCCGUGACCAGAGCACCCCAGCCAGAGGAAGGAGUGAGAAAACCACCAGGCCUCCUCGACACUCCAGUCUUCCCCCUGAUGAGUCAAAAACCCAGAGGGGAAGUGGCCUCACAAACAGCAUUUCUAGAUGGGCACGUGACUCCACCCCAAGAAAGUCCGCACUCCACAAACCCAGCGCCAAACCUCUGAGGAACAUCCCCAAAUCAGCACCUGAAGAGAAGAUGUGCCGCUCAACCAUGAGAGCCCUGGCCCAGGCUCAGGUCCAAGUCCAGGCUGGGGCUUCCUCUGAUAGUUCACAGACUCUGGUCGCCAAGACCACCUCAGAUGUGCCCAGCUUUGCCCGCAAUACUGUAGCCUCUUCUUCCCGGACCAAAAAGGAACUUGGUCCACCAUCUGUCCCCUCCACCCCUUCCCGUAGCCCCUCACUUCUGGCUCGGACAGCCUCUGUCAAACAGAACAAAAUAUCCCCUCCAGUUCACAAUAUGGCAACCAGUGGGCAGCACCCAACCCAUAGUGAAGAGCGGCCUCAGGGGACCAACCUGCGUAGGGUGCAAAGCGUGAAGGCAACCAGUCGAAGUACCUAUCGUAGCGAGACUCCCCCACCACCAAUGCGUGAUGAUAUUCGGAAGAGCAAUAGCUUUUCUGAGAAAUCCACCCAAUCUAGAGACUCUGUGACAACCAGCAGAAGCCCCAAGCCAAGCUGGAAGUAAUUUGAUUUUAAAUUAAACUGAGAAAGUGGAAGAAAAACAGAUAACUUUAUCCUGCAUUAGAUGUAAAAUGAUAUUUGCUUUCCUUCCCCAUUUACAGUGCAGACAUUGAACAUAUCCUAAUAUAUGAUGCAAAAGACUGGAAUCUGUUACAAAAACGUCAACAACAACAAACUAAGCUAUCUCCACUGCUCCACUGGCUGAGUUCAUAUCAGUUUUAUGAAUUGCAAACAAGAAGAUGCAAUGUACUGCUCCAUAUGUUCCAAUUUUGUUCAUACAAAGGAUUUAUUUUUUCACAACUUCCUGUUAUUUUCUUUUUUGGGGGGGUGGGGGGUGGGGUGGGAGGUGGGGUAAAGCGGGUGGUAGCUAAACUGACAAAUGGCAAAUCUCACUUUUUACACAGGAGCCUUUUUUGCCUGCUUAGCUGUCUACUUUGUACUACUGUCUGUGAUGAUGGUUGAUGUAACUGUAGGUAAAAUACUACUGACAGUAUAAUGCUGCUAAUUAGCUUUGACAAUUUGAGACUGAGUUUCAGUGUCUUUCAUUCAGGGUUUCAAGGUUUGUUGUAGCUUACCUUGCUGCUGGCAAUGCGUCUUUUUGCUUUGUUGCAUCCUCUCAUAGAGUACUGCGCUGUUUGCUAUUUGGUUCCUUUGCUUGAUACCUCAGAGAGAGAGCAGUGGCCUUGUACCAGAGGGAGAAAUAGAAUCCAUUCAGUUCUGCAUGAUAAAUCAGUAGAUGAAAUCCAAUCAUUCGGUUUGAUAUAACUGCAAUGUCACUUUUUACCAUUCCCUGGUAUAGUAUAUAGCUACAGAAUAUAGGGUCACUCAGUGUAUACCAGCUAUGGUACUUUUCAUGCCUUUUGUAUGUAUGUAUCAGUAGUUGAAGUUUGUAAAUGUUUUAGAACUCCUCCAUACUAUCAUGGAGUAGAAAUGCAUGUAGGAAUUUUUUUCCUAUAUAGGUCCAAUGCAAGAUUAACGCUAAUGCUAUGAAAGAAAAGCACUGAACAUGCCUCUGUGAAAUGACACUGCUUCCUGCAGUGAAUGUAGUUUUUUCAUAUAUGUUGUAGGCCUACACCUGUCUUGAUUCUCUUAACAACAGCUGGUCAUUAUUCAGCCCUACUGACAUUUCACACCACUUGCCUUCCAAACAGCAUUGUGCCAUUGCCUUAAUGGCAACAACACACGACAGUGCAUUGCCUUAAAGCUUGAUGUAGCCGUUCCAGCACCAGUAGAAACUCCCUGAUUGGAAAUCAGAGUAGACAUCUUUCAUACAUUCCAUCACACCUUAAAUCAUCUCUCAGCUGGAUAGUAAUUCACUUUGUAAAUAUUGUAAAGACAUAGUAUUUUUCUGACUAUCCUUAUGUUUACAUAGCAUUAAAUAAAAUUAAGGGCAAAGAGUGAUAAAGGCGAGGACUGACAAAAAAGAAAGUGUAAAAUUAUAAUCGACCUCAGAUAACAUAUCAUUUUCAAGGCCUGUAGCUCACAAUUAGGCAUUGAUAUCUUAGAUCACGGUUUUAGAGUGUGAUGUACAGUGUGUUGGUAUGCUGUAUGUUUCUUCCUGCUCUGUGAUGCAAAUGAAGGUACAAAAGAGCCCAGUGUCAUAUACUGCUGUUUGUGGGCUGCACACAGCUUGAAAUUAAAACCCUGAUUCUGAUUUUUUUUUUACAUUUUGCCCUCUAUAAACUGGGUGAAAUCAUUGUAUUGUUGUAGAGUUUGACUGAAAGACUGAAAAUAAUCUGCCCUCUUAACCCAUCAUAACUCAAAGUUAUUUAAUUCCUUUUAUAAACAUUACAAGCUAAAAAAAAACAAACAAACAAAAAAAAAGCUUUACAGCUUCAAACUAUAUUGCAUAGUGUGUUUAGCAUAAAUCUAUCUCUCAUUUUGACCAUGAGACAAUGUCUCCCACCCGUGUUUGAUUGCGGGAAAACAUUAAUUGUUUACAUUUGAAUUAUGGGUUGGGCCUUUGAAACAGAGACACAAUACCUUUUACAUCUAAGAGCACAGUGGAACUGUAGAGCUACUGUUCUCCUGACUUGGACCACAAUUUAGAAGCCCCAAUCAUCUGCACCCUAUUCAUGCCAGGAGAGACCUCCUUUGUCUAUCCCACAAUGCCCCCUGCUGCUAUCUUCUUUAAGAGCCCGGGGCACUGCAAUGGGUGGCCUUUACAUUACGUCUGACUGGCUUACAACAGGGAGGCUGAUGUGGAAUUUGAAUACCUAUUUGCCCUUCCACCAUUUCCUUGUUAUGGGAUGGUUACCAUAGUAACUCAGACCAAGGGCAGGAGACAGCACCAGACACCAGAGACAUAGCUAGUGGGACAAGAACAAAAUUGGUAAAGUCUGACUAAUGGCCCUUUAAACCUAGAAAACACAGAGUCAGAGAACUCCAAAUCAUGUCAGAGUCUAAGUUACAACCCCUGGCCUAAGUCUAAAUGGUGGUAAGCCAUUUGUUCAAUGCUGUUAUUCACAGUAUGGUGACAUUAAAUCACUUAGACUGAAUGUUUUGGGCCUUGGUAAAUAGUUACGCUACCUGCACAUUUGCUAUAUAGUAAUUCAUGUAUUCCAUCUAAACAUUUUACCUUUUGCCACAUAAGCAAAUAUUGCUUAUAUUGACAUAGACUUCCUAAGGGUGCCCUUUGUACACUAAAAAAAAAAAAAAAUGAAUAAUUAGAGUGUUUUCUACUGUCCUCUAAUGUGAUUCUUUGUGAUGAGAAUGUGUCUGCUGUAGUUCUCACACCUAAUAGGUGCUGUACUGCUUUGGUUCUGCUUGGCCUUUUCUCACAAUGGAAAAGAAAGACUCUGAUCACUCUCUGGAGCAAAUGAUCAUCUAUGAUCACUAGACCACAGGGCUGCAUAUUGUAAUGUUACUCUGUUGCAGUUUAUAUUUCUGACAAUAAUAUCAAAGAAAUCAAUAAAAUCACGUUGCUGUGUCACCUGAA